AUGAACUGCAUUGUCUAUAUUUAUAACUUACAGACGUCGAUCAAUAUUGCCAUGGGGCAAGAUACGACGAUAGCACAAUUAAAGGCUAAUAUUGUACAGACGGCUAGUUCAAAGUUGUCUGUAAUGAUACCUGAAGCUAAUAUCGUGGUGUCUUUAUCGCCACAGUUUGAUAACAUCAUCAAGUCGGUGCCAUGGACCAAAGUGCUCUCACUCGAUCAGAUCAAACGACUCGUACCAAACAUCAGCGAGGUCCUACUGGCCAACAGACAAUCAUCCGUUGUGCUGCCACUCUACGUCGCGACCACCACUCAACCAUUCAACAAUGAUACCAACAUACAAUCUCAACAACAACAGGCCAACAACAAGAGGAGUGCAACGAUGUCACCUACCAAACAGUUGAGUGGGAUGGUUAUCAAUCAAAUGCCACAGCCUGUACUUCCAGUUGUGGCGCCAACCCCUGUGUUGGAGGCCCCCGCAGUCCAAUCGAAUGGAGGCAGUGGUGGGCCCUCCUACCAGGCAGUACAACAGCAUCUCUAUAACCAGUAUCAAGGGUAUCCUUUGCCAUACCAACAACAACAACAACAACAACUACAGCCACAACAACCAUUGUAUAUGCCAUACCAACAACAACAACCACAGCCACAAUACUACAUGCAGCCACAACAGCCUCAGUACCAACAAUAUAUGCCGCAACAACAGUCACAGUUCUUCAUGCAGCCACAACAACCACAGUACCAAUACAUUGUGCCACAACCUCAACAACUUCAACAACAUCUACCUCAACAGCAGCUGCAGCCUCAACUUCAAAUGCAAUCAGUCCUGCCAGGCGACUUUACCAUCACCAACAGCAGCAAGGAGAACAAUGCACCAAGACCAAAGCCAGCAUUCAGGAAGUCAAAGUCUGAUCUGUUGGAGACAAUCAAGAGGGAGUAUGGCGGUGUCUCUCCAUUUGCCAAGCAGACAUCAGACUCCCAAACAGCAGCAGGAUUCGAAUCCGCUGCACCACAAGGCGACAACACGUCCAAGUCUCAAUUCACUCCAUUUACAUUGCCACCUCUGCAAUCGAUGCAGUACAAUCCACAACAACAACAACAACAGCAGCAACAACCUGCUGCGCAACAACAGCAGCAACCAACACAUAUGCCUCGACCCAAGCCAAUAUUCCUCAAUCAGCCAAUCAAUGAGGACACGUCUCAGGUGUCAUUCACGACAACAUCGUCCAAUAGCACUACCAUUGGAGGUGGACUCGAUUACAAACAAUCAACACCCACUAGUCCACCACCGCAAAUGUCCAAGGGGAAGUUGGGAUAUCGCGAGAAGGAUGGUGGAGCACUUGACCUCAAAGAGUUUGAGAACAACAACAGCAACACCAACAACACCAACGUGCCGGAGGACUUGCCCAGCGCACAGAAGAAGCGUUCAUCAUCAUUCACCUCGACAUGGAUGCCCAACUUCAGGUCCUACCAGAACAUGAACACUGCGCAGCAGCAACCGCAAUAUCAAACGACACCCAUUGGCUCAACAAACAAUAUGGACAGCAUUGCGAAUGGAGCAUCAACAUCAUCUGGCGGUCUCCUAAGCUUCAAGCCUCUGGGACAGUCUGAUGAGAUCACGCCCUCCUUCCAAUCGUUCAGGCGUCAGUCCUUGCUCGAUGGAGCCAUCAUCCAUCAGGGUGAUCUGUACAAGAAGAACAGAUCGGGCGUUGGAUGGAAGCGACAAUGGUACAUUCUCACAUCAAAGAAACUGCUCCGAUGCUCAUCACAGAACGACGCACCAAGCAGUGAGCUAUCUUUGUCUGAUCACGUGUUGAACGUGUUGAGCAGCGAGACCAAAUACUCGUGCUUCUCGCUCACAUCAAACACUGGCUCUGGCAACUUCAUCUUUGGUUGUGAGAGCGAAGAGUCCCGAAAGGACUGGCUAUGCGCGCUCACAAUCACCUCCCAUGCGCUCAACAUCACACUCGACCUAGGUGGUCUCGAGAUCAUCUCCAUUCCCAAUCACAGAGGCACUCCAAGUGAGAAAGAGUUUGAGUAUCACAAACUGAUACCUUCAGACAUUAGAGUAUCACAUUACUCUGAGGACAUUGCAUUGUUUAGAUCAAAGAUGUUGAAGAUGUUCAAGAUUGCUUCCAAAUGGAUGUUCACAUUGGAUCACAAACUACCUGUUGAGAUGAAUGGCAACAAGAAGCAGAAUAUAUCACCAUCAUCAGGUGACUAUACACUUGCCCCAUCCACCCCAGUCAAGAGCAAUGGAACACACAACAACAACAGCAACUCAAAGGUCAACCUACUCUCUGUGUCUGUGAUCAGUCAAUACGCACAGAAUGCAGGUACAUUGGUCAAGCUGUCAGUGUAUCAUAAUGGACUGGUCAUCAAGUUCAAGGUCGAUGUGAACCAAACGAUUGGCUCCAUACUCUUGGCGCGACCAGAUCUGUUUGAGAACAAUCCAAAGAGAUACGGACUCAAUAUCCUGGGAUCAAUGGAGCACGUAUUCGAUCAUGCCAUUCGCCUCUCUGAUUUGGCCUACGUCACCAAAUGUCUGCGCUUCAGGAAGGCCAUCAAGUUCCAGACAGUGGACAUGCAGCUACACACCAAGCUGUUCACCUACAACACCAUGACCACAAACGAGUGGAGUGCAUUCAUGCAGUCGAUGAACUCAUUCGAUGACCAAGACACGAUCAAAGCACACAUUGUACGAGCCAAGAAGAUACUACCGGCUGGCGUCGAGAGUACCAAGCUCACCAUCUCUGUCAUGAACGUCGCCAACGUCCAAACACUCCUUCGACAGUUUGGCGUGCCUCCCAACCAAGUCUCAAAGAUACCACUUUGUGUCGAGAUGAAGAUUUUCUAUGGAAACAGAUUGUUGAGCAAAGGAAGGACAUCGGCACAGGUCACUGGUGAGUGGAAUGAGAAGAUAUACUUCAACAUCAAGACGGUGGAUCUGCCCAAGGAGGCCAUCAUCAUAGUUGACCUUCUGGGCAAGAUCACAUCGUCCACCGAGCCCAUCACUCUGGCACAAUAUCCAAUGAUGUUUAUGAAUGCUGAUGGAAGAAAGGUCAUCUACACCGAGUACGACCUCCAGCUCAUCUCAUUCUCACCAAAGUCACAAUUGGUCAUCAACAACAUGAUAAGUGAUGCAAGCAUUUCAACCAUAUCACUGUCGAUUGAUCCAAACAAUGUGCAGGCCGCACCAACACUCAAGCUGCACAUCGCAGGUGUAUCCAACGGUUACCCUAUAUACUUUGAGGAGCCAGACUUCCCAACGGCGACCAAUGUCAUCUCUCCCCAAUUGCCCACACCAUCCGAGUUGUUGGUGAUUGAGUCAUGUCUGAGGACACACCGCACCUUUAUCAAAGAGUCUGAGAAGUCCAUACUCUGGAAGCACCGAUUCCACCUCAAGACCAGCUAUCCAAACAUCCUACCUUCCCUAAUGUACUCUGUGCCAUUUGAAGACUAUCAAAAGAGAUAUGAAGUAUACGAAUUGAUAGGUGGAUGGCCAUUGUUGGACCCAAAGAUUGGACUUGAGCUAUUGAGUGCAGACUUUAUCGAUGCCAAGCUGCGAGAGAAAGGAAUAGAAUCAAUCAAUCAAUGGGACGACAACACAUUGGCAUUGUAUCUUCCACAGGUUGUUAAUUCACUCAAAUUCGAACAGACUCACUACUCUCCGCUCUCAUGCUUCUUAGUCAAGAGGGCACUCUGUAAUCCAUUCACUAUAGGUGGUCCAUUGUUUUGGCUAUGCGCAAACGAUAUGUCACCUGAGAAAGGUAACAGUAGGACAUUGUAUUAUUCAAUAAGAUUUAAGCUUGUGAUGGAGGCAUUGCUUUAUGGCCUUGGUCUGUCAGCUUCGCAAGGAUCAAUGGUUGGCCAGUCAAUACUCCAGCAGUAUCUGAUCAUCCAGAACUUGAAACAGAUCAAUCUGGAAAUCAUCAAGGAGCCUGACAAGCAACAAAAGAUCCUCGAGACCAGGCUGUCCAACAUUCCCAAGCAGUUCACGCUGCCCACCCAUCCUCUGCAAGAGUUCAACACCUUCAUCUUGGAGGAGUGCAAAGUGAAAGACUCCAACGCUGCGCCACUCUGGCUUGUAUUUUCCUCUGUCACACCUGGUGCCGAUGACACCAAGAUCAUCUUCAAAAAGGAUGACGUUCGACCUGAUGAACUAUGUCUUCAGUUAUUUGCUGUCAUGGACAAUAUAUUGAAGGACAAUGGCAUCGAUUGUAACUUUACACUAUUCAAAUGUAUUUCAGUUGGAAGUGGACUUGGAGUGAUUGAAGUCGUCCCGAGGUCGGUUACACUUGGCGAUUUUGUUAGACGACAGGACAAGUACAAAUCGAUCGAAGAAUGGCUCAGGAAGAAGAAUCCAGACAACAACAGUGACUACAUCGAUAUCUUCCUCAAGUCCUGUGCUGCAUACUGUGUAGCAACAUAUCUCCUAGGCAUCUAUGAUCGUCACAACGACAACCUCAUGGUCUCUGACACUGGUCACUUCUUCCACAUUGACUUUGGAUACUACUUGGGUAAGGUUACAAAGUUCCUGUUCUUGGACAGAGAGACGGCACCAUUUGUGUUGACCAAGGACAUUGUAAAGGUGAUGGGUGCAAGAGAGAAGGAGUACAAGGACUAUUGUGUCAAGAUUUAUAACAUACUAAGGAGGAACUCGAGAGAGAUACUCAAUCUAAUAUCAAUGAUCAAAUCGGAUAACAAUGGAAUUGAACUGCUUCGUGAACGAAUGAAGUUGGAUCUCACCGACAGGAAUGCAGAGCAACACUUUCUGGAACUGGUCAAGGAGUCCAAGAAGAACCUGCGUUCAGAGAUCAACAAUGCAAUACAUGUUAUGGUUCAUCCAUAA